CUCAGAGCAUCUUGAGGCUCUGAAGACAUCUGAUGCCAGAACAGAGAGGCACCUGACCUCUAUUGAGCAAAUGUGCAGAGCUCAUCAAGAACAGGCUCAAGCCCUUCUGUCCACUGACAGAGACCGGUAUCAGAAGAUGGUGCUCCUUGAAGCCAAUAACAAGGACAUCUUCUCUGCAAUACAGAAGCAGCAAGGUCUGAUUGAAGGCCUUACCUCUGUCACCCAGACACUACCAGAGGCCCUGGAGCAGAUAGCCUCAACCCAGGCCUCAGAAUUCCAGAAGAUCAGUCUUAUGAUUGAAGAUCUGCAUGAUGCCAAAAAGGGGGAAGAGGACCCUCAACAGACCAGGCCUAGGUCUCACAGAACUCCUACCAGAGCACCCUCCUCUGGUGAGCCUGCAGUAGAUCCGGCUCCCUAUUUUGAAGCUGCCCUCCAAAAGAAGAGAGCAGCAGGCAUACCUAGACCCCCAUCUCCAGUAAAGAAGAGCACCAAGAAGAAGAAAGUUUUCAACUUCACUGAGUGGAGAUUGGGUGGCUCUCAGAACAUUGACAGAGCUCAAUUUGAGGAGAUGAAGGCUAAAAUGACUCCUACCCAACAACAGCACCUCUAUCUGGACAAAGAUGGUGUUGUCAGAGUUAGGUAUGGAGGAUCUCUUGAAGAAGCAGAAGAAUGAUACAAGAAGAACAUUGUCCCAGGAAAGACCAUACAUGAAGGUGUCCUCAACUAUUUGGACUGUAAGCUUUCUCCAAUAUGGGCAUCUUAUCAAAGGUCUGGCAAUCUGUUCAAAAUCAGAGCUGAAAUAAAUGAAGAACUGCUCAGGCUUCAAAGACUAGAGGAAGAAGCUCUACAGGCAGCUAACCUGGAGAAUGUGUAAGGUUUAAACUCUGUAAAACUUAUCUAAUAAAAUCACAUCUUUGCCUUCUUACUUUGAAGUGCUUUUCCUCAAAUUCUUGUCUUUUUGCCUUCUGUUUGUUUAUUUCUGUUAUAUUCUGCUAUCUGAAUGUAUCGUACUCUUACUAUUUUCCUAUGCCAAGUUGCCCACCAAGAUUUUAAUGGAAGUUUUUAAACUUAAUAUUUUUUUAUGGUGAAGGCACUUCUCUGGAAAUAGUUAAAGGGUUUUGACAUCAUCAAAAAGGGGGAAAUUGUAAGGAAUAAUUGUAUUUAGAUUUUGAUGAUGCUAUAUUAAUUAGGACUGUAGAGUACCUCUUUAGAAACUAUGUAUUAGAAUUUUCCUUUGUAAAGUUCUUAGAUGUAUUCGACUUGACAGAAGACCUUCAAGAGCUUUACAAAGGAAAAUUCUAAUACAUAGUUUCGGUGAAGUCGGUAAAGAUCAUAGACCGACAGGUGAAGAAGCUAAGGAGAAAAGAGGUGUCAAUGGUAAAGGUAUUUUGGAAGAGUGAUCGAAUCGAGGAGCAAACUUGGGAAGUGGAGACCUUGAUGAGGGAACAAUAUCCAUUUCUGUUUGAUUAGACACGUGGAUUUCGGGGACGAAAUCCCAAAUAAGGGGGGUAGAACUUGUAACACCGCCCCCAAGUAAUUGUACCUUAUCAAAUUAUGUAUUGAACCCUGGGAAAUAAAUAAAAGCAUUUUUACGUAAUUGUAAAUUUCUAUCAUUUCUUUUACGUGAAUAGUAAAAUUCAUGUGGGACCCACACCGGAAGUGGGGCCGCCCGAUAUUAUCGGGACCACAUAUUAUAAUAAUCUUGGACUAGAUAAUAUGUAUAUGGUGGUGGAAAUCAAGG